AUUAGUCGUGCCUCAACAAUCUCCUCUACGCCCUAACUAACAAAACCUCUUCUUUAUUUGUUUUAUCUUUCUUUCUCUCUAUCUGGGAAACUCGAGGGCUGUUCCAAAUGCAAGAUUCAGGUUCUACGGUGUCGUUUUGUCCCAGCUUCAAUAGCUACUCCUCCGAUCAUCUAGCUGAUAUUGCAGCUAGAGUAGGGAAAGAGGAAGCAAACAAUAUGGUUACCGAUUUCAGAAACCAAAACGACCACGAAAGCAGCAGCAGCAGCAGUGAUGAAGAUGACGACGAUUUCGAGUUCGUUUUGGUCCGCCAAGAUCCCGACGAUUAUACAACCACCGACGGAGAUCAUAAAGUCGGAUUUCCAAUAUUUCCGCUUUUCGAUCGAGAUCUCCUGUUGAAAUAUGGAAAUGAGUCAAAAGACCAGAGCCAAGAUCAGAAAUCCUCGACCGUACGAUUACAAUUGAAGAAUCUGUUUAUCGAAGAUCGAGAUCCUCCAUCCUCGUCUUCGUCUGAGGCGGACGAAUUAGAGGGAAUUUUACCAGAAACUUAUUGUAUUUGGACACCGCAAAAAUCUUCACUGUUGGCUUCGCCUUCCGCGUCGCCGUCAAGAUGCAAAAAGAGCAACUCUACUGGAUCAUCGUCGAAGCAACGGUGGAGAUUGCGAGAUUUGCUGCAUCUUCGAAGAAGCAGCAGCGACGGAAAGGAAUCCUUCAUAUUUUUGAAUCCAGAUAAUCAUAAAAACAGCAAUAACAAUGUCAAUUUGGGGAAGAAGAAAGAGGAGAAAUUUGAGAAAGGCAAAAUAGUUGCAACGAGAGCAGGGAAGGCCAAAGAGAAAGUAUCGGCACAUGAGGUGUUCUAUGUGAGGAACAAGGCAUUGAAGGAAGGAGAUAAGAGAAAAUCAUAUUUGCCUUACAGGCCAGAACUGGUGGGCUUCUUUGCUAAUGUGAACGGACUGGGCCGGAAUUUUUCUCCAAUCUAAUCUUGUAUAUAAUAGUUAAAAAAACUAUAUAUAUAAUAUAUUUAUUAAAAAAAAAAAGAAAAAAGGAAAAUUCCGUUCAUAGUAUUUGGAGAGUUCGAGCAUGGAAUCAGAAAGAUUGAUGAAAUUAGGUUUGCUAUUUAUUUUGUUGUGUAAAUAUUACUUCUAGUGUAUAGAAUCUUGGUUUGGCA